UAUUAUCACAUUGUUAGCUGCACAUUUUCACUCUCUACUACUUCAGCUGCCAUGGAAGUCUGGAAAUUGUAUCCCUGCUUCAUCUUUCUCUUCCUGAGUUCAACACUGGGAGAGGACACAGUGGCAGAAGACAUCGGUGUCCAUCAGCUGGAGCGUUUAGUGGACUUGCUGACGUCUACGGAGUGUGAGGACCUUUUGUUCGCCCUCUCUCACCCAGAGGAAAACAUCUUCCAGCACCUCGAGCGCCUCUCACCAGAAAGAAAUAAACUAGAUCUUAAGCCUCGAGCCAAGAGAGACACCUCUUCUGCUGCAGAUAGUGAGGCGCAGUGCCGGACAGCCCUGACAGACUGGCUGCUGAGGUACGGUGAGCAGACAUACUACGACAGGCUUUCACGUGCCUUGCAGCACAUCGGCAGGACAGACAUUGCCAUCGAAGUGGGGAAGAACAUCAACCAGGACAAAGCGUUGAGUCUGAAACGCUACGUUGAAGACUAUCACAAAUAUGUCAAGUCUUUAAACUUCCCACAGGUACAAUCAGACUCAAAGGGACAACAGCAUGAAAAACAGAGGGUCAGGAAGAGAAGAGUAAGGGAUCUGACAUGGUCUGACCUGGACCUGAUCGUGGUGCGGUCUCCUGUUCCUCCAUACCAGAGGGGGCCUCUGGAUGUAGCUCUGCCGCUUUUGUAUGGCAUCCUGCUGGGCUUCGGAGGAACCUUGCUGGCAGGCGUCUCUAUACUUCUUAUCAUCAUACACAUCUCUCGUAGAAACCAGUAGAGUUGCCACCCUGGAGUCACCAGCAUGGAGAUGUAACGUUGGAAGAGUCACCUUCUGCAAAACAGGCAACUUGGGGGUUAAAACUGUCUAAAGAAGAAUUAAAAAUCAAGUUUGGAUCACGUUUAAUAUUUAGAAUGUACAACUGGUAUCCAUAUAUAAAUAAAGACAAA